GACAGACGCGCCCCUGCGGGCAGCUUCCGGCGGGGACCUCUCACAACACUAAUACAAAAAGUCAGCUUUCAAAAACAUUUUAUUCCAAUCCGUAGUUAUGGACAUACUUAUGGCGACCCCUUUGUUCUGAGAGCCCACCUGUUGCGUGUGACCACUUGGGUCAUCUCGAAUGAUGUGAACUUCAACCCAAGGCGAAAGUGAUCCCCAGAACCGAAGGUCUCUCUGCUCAAAGUUACUCGUAGUGAAAUUGCUACCCAACCAUGUCUCUAAGAGGAACUCAAGUCGACAUGGACGACAGCUCAUCCGGAAACAAUCCUUCUGUUCAGGUCAUACACCGGUCACAUUGUUCGCCGGGAAAGAGAACAUGCAGACUAUCUGUGCUGGGCUGCACGUACGAGGGCACGCAGGAUGACCUCGAGAACCACGAAACCUUGGAGAGUCAUAUGAAUUUCAUUCUCACCUACACUGAGAAAGCCAAUGGCGCCAUGGACACACUCCGGCAAGCGCUUACCGAAAGCACGCAACAAAACCUGGAAUUGCAGACUAGCUUGAAUGCCAUAAAGGAGCAGAUGACGAAUAUGCUCAGAGAGCAACACCUUCUCCAAGAACAAGUCCGCCUGCUCGCUUCUCGAGUUCACGAAGGGCAGCUAGAGUGCCGCCGGAGCACGGAAAGCAUAGACGUUAGGCUGGAGGAGAUGCUGUCGCGGUCCUGGUCGCAAGGCAAGUUCGUGUGGUACAUCAAGCCCUUCAGCGUCUUGCGGAGGCAGCAGGAAAACGGCGAGAUUGCGCGCGUUGUCAGCGCGCCCUUCUACACGGCCGCCCCUGGCUACAAGCUGCGCCUGAUGGCCGACCUGAACGGCUACGGCGAAGGCCGCGGAAGCCACCUGUCUCUCUUCCUGCAGGCACGUACCACUGAGCGUCUUCCAUUUGCUUACGUACUGGUCCCUGAAGUCGAAGUAGAUGUUCUAGCGGAAUGA